UAUCAGAGUUCGGCGAAUUGCCAAAUCCCAAUGCGCUUACUAGAACAAAUGGCGUGAGAAGUAAUGACCUGGAUGCUUCCUCUUUUAGACGUGUUAUUUGGUACCUCAAAUUGAUCAGAAUUUGACUCAGGAAACUUGUCAGAAACUUGUGCUUAACACGAGCAGGAUACUUUCCAGAAACUUAUCAGAAACUUAUCAGAAACUUGUCAGAAACUUUCCAGAAACUUAAAGGAAACUUAUUUUUGGAGAAAGUUUCCUUAGUGUUUAUAAAUUGAUAAAAUCAAUGUCCAAAACAACAAAAGUCUUCAUCUAUUCGAUCCGCUCGAGUCGCCCGAUUCGCUAAGUAGUGCUUUUUGGGGCUUUGCUAGCUUGUCUUCAUCUUGCAGAGACAUCAGGGAGGGACACCUUCAUUAUGAGUAUACUUUUUGAAGCAAAGUAGCUGGUCUUAGGUACGUAGGUAUUCAGUCUGGACUUGAUUUUCGUUGCUAGUACAUGGCACCCACCAGAGCUAUGCUCCCAAGAAUGGUCGAGCAGGAACCAAUGAGAACCCGCAGUUUCCCUCCUCGAGAUGCUUUAACUAAAGACGAUUGCUGGUAUUUAUGAUGAAAGACUGUCUCCC